GUAUUUAACAACACAUUCUUCUGUGGUGUGAUUAACUUAAAACUCAUUUUCAAUUCCACUUUACAGGAUCUUUAAUAGGGGCAGUGGAAAGGCUCUCCGUAGACGGGCUCUAGUAUCAUUACGAGCUUGUAUUUCCACUUCCGGUACACGGGCCUCCGUUAUUGUUAACUUUAUUAACUAAGUUUAGCAAGCACGCUAACAACAGUGCUGUUUACGUUUGGCUAGGCUAGCAAUCUAGACAUAAUUUGUCAGUGUACUUUUUAUUAUUGCAGUAAGAAGCAAAGGACCAUGCACAAGCGAGUCAAGUCCGCAGGUCCCCCGCUUUCUCUGCCCUCCUUACGGCUUUGGGUCUCUCCUUUACGACUGAUGUAUUCAUUUGUAUGGCAAGUGGUGCUUCAGCGAAAUGUAGCACACUAUGGGAAAGUAGAGGAGUUCGUGAUUUUGGUGAUGAAGACAGUUCCAGACCUGCUUAGUUUCAAACAGAGUGCCCAACUUAUUCUUGGCCUGAGAGCAAGGAUGAUUUUGGAAAUGUUUCGAAUGGACCAGCCACUGAACAUUCAGACCAUUGAGAAUCUCCUGGACAAGAUGAAUAUAUGUGCUGCAAUGGAUAAGACAGAUGCACAGGUGGAGGAGUCACAGGCCAACUUUGUAGUGCUAGUCCAAACUCUGCUGACAAAACAGAGUGAGAGGCAGCACUUUUUUCAGGAGGUGUUCCCCAAUCAGUAUGGCUCCAAGUAUGACACAGCACUUCAGGCACUCAUUGGAGGGUUGGUCUAUAGACUGGAACAGCUGCUACCAAUGCCUGAUCUCUCUCAAAUUGGUUCUAUGAUCACCAGAAGCCCCUCUACUCUUGAGGAAUGCGGACUGUCUGUUUCUGACCUUAACCCACUGAAAAUCCUACUUGAGCGCCAAAACUGUCAGUUUAAGGGAUCCCUGACUACUGCUAUCUCAUCCACUGUGGGUGACUGCAUACUGGCCUCACUCUCAUUCCGUUCCACUUCUGUAAACCUGCCAAAACAAGAUCUUAAAAUUCCAUUGGAGUUGCCCAGGCUAACAGAAUCAAAAAAGCCAUAUGAAUCCAGCGAGAAUGUCAAAAGCCCUGCCACUUCCAAUGCCUUUAAGCAUAUGGUGAUGACAGAUGACUCAGAUCACACUGAUGUACACUUGCAAGAGAAUGAUGGUGAUGAAGAAAAUGGAGAAAUUGGCAAUCAAUCUGUGAUGAACAGUGGUGUGUGUGAUAGUGAGGAAAUCAGGUUGAAGGAUAGGAGGCUUGAUAAUGGGUUGGCACCAGCGAAGAGGAGUGUGUCAAUCACUGGAGAACUCAAACAACCUUUGAAGCUAGUGCCUCAGACCACCACCACUGAGACUACCUCUCAACCUGACUUUAGUGUUUAUGCUGCUGAAACUCACCUACAGGUCAAUCCAAAGGUCAAGUUGGUGAGUCUGCAACAAUGGGUGUCCCAAAUUGCUAGCAAUACAAUCUCUCUCCCAGCCCUGCCCCCUCGAAGGCAAAACCAUGCUACAGAUGAACAGACAGGAGACUUAUACCUUAGAAGCAAUGUGAAGUCAGGAAGGCCUGAAAGCAAUGCAUUGAUAGAAAGGGCCAUUAUACGAAUGAGGCACCCUAAGCUUCUUGGGAAAACUUUGAAAAGGAAAACUCCAAAGGCCACCUAUACAUGCUCAGAGUGUGAGAAAGGCUUUCCAUAUCAGUCUAUGCUAGCAGAUCACCAGCGCAUUCAUACAGGAGAGAAACCUUUCAAAUGUUCAGAGUGUGGGAGGACCUUUAGGACGUUGGGAUUCUUGACGAAUCACCAGAAGAUCCACACUUCCAUCCGCCCCUUUAAGUGCGAAGAAUGCAACAAGUGUUUCCUGAAAAAAGCUGACCUGCAAAAGCAUCUUAGAGUCCACAGGGGAGAAAAACCUUUUAAAUGUCCCAUCUGUGAAAAGGGUUUCACACAAGCAUCAUAUUUCAAAAUUCACAUGGACUGUCACACAAGUGACAAGAGCUUUCCCUGCACUCAUUGUGAUAAAAACUUCCCCACUGCAUACAAACUAUCCAACCACUUGCGCUGGCACACUGAUGAGCGCCCUUAUAUCUGUGAGCAGUGCGGGAGACGUUUUCACAACCCCAGCCUUUUGAAAAGACAUAUGGGCUAUCACACUGGGGACCGUCAGUACUUGUGUGCCCAGUGUGGACGAACCUUUGUGUACAUGUUUGAUUUGAAAAAACAUCAGCGUGACCAUGGGCCCAAGCCCCAGCUCCCCUGCCCAGUUUGUCAGAAGGUGUUUACCAGUAACGGCUCUCUGAAAGUGCAUAAACGCAUACACACCACUGACAAACCCUAUAGGUGCUCAAUUUGCGACAAAGGAUUCAACCAGAUCGGUAAUCUGUCCGUGCAUAAAAAGUUGCAUUCAAACGAGCGCCCCUAUCAUUGCGAUGAGUGUGGGAAGACAUACAAGUUAUCCACUCAUUUAAGAGAGCAUAAGUACAUCCACAUGGGGAAAAAGCCUUGCCAGUGUGCUACAUGUGGCAAAGGGUUCCGCUACCCUGGCAUCCUGAAAAAACAUGAGCAGCUGCACUUCAGAGAGCAAGCAGACAGCCCCAAGAGAUAUAGUCAUACUUGCAGACGCAGUAGAGACUCUUGAUGUUGCAUGUACCAUCCAAUAACAAGCCUGAAGGCUCACUUCCCUGAAUACUGCAGAAUUAUAUUUAAUUGAUUAAGUAAGUAGUUAUAGAGAGUAAUUAUAAGUGGUUUAAAUCUGUUUUCAUGUUUCAUGUACAUUUUGCUUUCAUGUAUUAGUUAUAACUGUUUGAAACCUUUUGGAACUUAUAGAAAGACUGCACAUUUUAAGUUUGAGUGAUCUCAGUAGUUUUGAAUGUUCGUUCUUUGGUAUUUCACGGAUUGACUCAUUAAAUGUAUAUAUCUUUGCUGUUGUCACAAAUGUUUGCAACAAAAUGUAAUGUUUGUUCAAAUGUGCCGUUUUCUUUUAGCUUAGAAAAUACUUUAUUUUUACCUUUUAAGGAAUGUCAUUGAAGUUAAGAAUUAUGUUAUCCUACCCAUAUCUCAUUUAGCUCAGCAGAUAGUGUAUAAACCCAGCAUAAGAUUCACAAAGAUUCACGUCAGUUAGGAUCAUACGGUUUCAGGCGCUAAAUAUAUUUUUGUUUUGUUUUGUUACAAUUUUGUGUGAUUUACUGUAUGGUGUGUUUUAAAUGCAGGGGACUGAAGAUGGAACGGCACCAAAAUGAUAAUGUUUUUAAUAUAUCUUGUGAGAACGGCUGUAACUCUGUGUAUUGAGGUAAAAUUACAUAACACUGCUUCCGAAUUAAUACUUGUAGAAUGCCUCCCCGUGUGUCAUUAUUUGUGAGUCUUUGAUGCUAAAUUCUGUUGUCCUUACAUUUUGUCCUCUGCUGUGAGUUAUCAUAAAUACACUGCGUGUUGGACAAUUGGACUACACUGGGAGAGAUUGUGUGACGCCCACCUGUGCCCCUUCAGGCUUCACCCUGCAGUUGUGAACAGCAUCAUGGAUUGGUCUACUUAGUAGGUCUAUGGCGGAUUUGGAAAAGUCAUGGAAACUGAGGAAAAGUGAACACUUACAUGGAAAUUGAAACAGUUGUCCUGAAAUGUUAUUGGAUGAUGUGUAAAAUAGUAAUAUAAUGAAACUAUUGAGCACAGAAUUAAGAUGAGUUUAUAAAAACCCUUUACAUGUGAAAAGCUUUUUCUGUAGAUAGAAAUGGAUGUUGUAGAGCAUGCUCUUGGCAUCCUAUCUGGUAUGUUGGAAUUUGAUGCUGGCAACCUGACGAUAUGGACUUUAAAAGUAUAGUUUCGGAUUGGUGGACUUCAGGAAUAAUAACCGAGAAACGUUACUGGCGAUCUCAAUAGAAGGGUCAAAUACAUGAAUGGUCGUUAGCAGGUCUCUGCUUUAACUAGAUAACGACCCAUUCAUUGGAAUCAGGUGUGUUGGAGCAGGGAAACAUCCAAAACAUGCAGGGCAGGGAGGCCCGAGGACCAGGAUUGGGAACCCCUGCUCUAGUGUAUCAAUGUACUGACCACUGAAGACCCGUUAAGGAAGCAAUUCUGUGCAUUCUAUAUCUGUACUGUCCAACUCAUCUAUUUAAGCAUGAAUGAGAGACGGUUGGGCAAUUCCAUGCAAAGGUCACCCUUACCAUA